AGCCAUUUUGGCUCAAGCCGCCCAGGGCGCGCGCGCUUGGGAUCGAUGGCGCGGGCGGAGUCGCCUCCUGGCGAUUCCCAUCUGGCGAGGCCGCGGCGCUCACGUGCUGAGCGCACGGCGGCGAGGAGGAGGGCCCUGGCCUCCUGCGACAAAGGGCUGGCGGCUGCCUGCGCGCGGAUCCGCGAGCUCGAGGGGCAGCUGGACCAGGCCCGCCACGUUGCUCGCGACAGGAUGGAGGCGGAGGCGGCGGCCGCGUCGGCUGCUGCGGCGCUUCGCCCCUCGGUCGAGCUCCGCGAUGCCCUCACGGGGCGGUUGGUGCAGCUUGGCCAAGCGCUGCUGCUCCACCAUCGCGCAGACGCGGCCCUCGGCAUGCAUCAUCAUCGGCUUGGGGACGCCCUGCGAGCCGUUGCCCAGUCGCUGGACCUCGGGCCCGAGUUCCUGAAGCUCGGCAUGUUGGUCAAGGGCGACGGCGACCGUGCUCGGCAUGAACCCCUUCUGCCGAGGCCGCUCGAUGUGCCGAAGGCGGCCGUGGACAUCCAGAUCGAGGUCUGCGUGGCCGAGCCUCCCUCGCGGAUCCUGCUGGCGCAGUGCGCGGGGCAGGCCGCGGCCGCCCAGCUCCGCAGGGGCGCGGCGCCUUUCUGGCCUCUGCGGCCCCCUGGCCGCUGGGCAGCAGGCGGAGGGGACGUGUGCGACCUUGCCUUCGCGGCGGAUGCGUGGCCCGGCCUCGUCUGCACUUGCGGGGCAGUGGUCUUCUCCUCGUGUGAUUUGUUGAGUGUGAGCGGGCCUCCUUGCCAGGAGGCGCCCGCAGAGAGCCCCCUGGCGAGCGGUACUGCUUGCGCUGCGACGCCGCUGCCGGGUCUGGAGCGCCAGGAGGCCCCCGCAAGCUGUCCGGCUGUCCUCCUCGGCAACGGGUUCACCGACAGCGUCAGCGACGGCGAGGGCAGCAACGGUGGCGACGUGCGAGACCUGGGAGCUGAUGCUGCCACGGCAUGCUCCCUCUCUCUCCCCGGCGCCGCCUCGGCGCCCAGCGCGGCCGUCUUGGACUUCCUGGACCGGUACGAUGGUGCCCUCCUGCGGGGGGGCGGAAGCGGUGGCUCCGCCGCGCCUGCUGCAGGCGUGGGCGAAGCGUACUCCCUCUUCCUCGACCCCGUCGACCUCGGCACCAUGGAAGCGGUGGCCUGGGGGCCUUACGCUGCGGUUGGCGCGCUGCUUGACCUAGCCGAGGCUCGGGCUGGGCUGCCGCCGCUCAGGCAGACCAUUUCCGUGGAUGAGUGAUUGCUGGUGUUCGGCCUUGGCAGCGCUGUCGUUCUCUCCUUUGGAAUUGUCCUGCCUUUGUGAUGUUUUUGUGGCUGCGGGAAUUGGGAUGCGCGCUGGACCGCACUGUCGGGUGCUCUCGUAAUGUUGUGUCAGGCGUUAUUCUUUGCCCGUGCGCCUCAACGCUUUUGGUGGAUUGAAGUGAUCGUGAGGCGGCAUUGUUCUGUGGUUCUGAUGUGUAAGGCCUUCUCAUGCUUGUGGAGCCUGCUUGAGGCAGGACAUCGUGAGUCAGGCAGGUGGGCAUGCAUGUUCGGCUGUCGCAAUGCGUGUGUGUUUCCCGUUUCCUGCACCUUUGUUUUUGGUUUCUUUGAUUUCUUGCGCUUCGCGCGUCUGGCGCUUCGCGCCCUCCCCUGCGGUGGCUCCUUCGGAGCCCCUAGGGUUGGCCCUUGAGGCCCUGGGGCCAACGGGCUCCGUGGGCCUCGGGCUCCUUUUGCCUUCAUAGGCCCCGCAGCUCACAGCUCACAGGAGCACGGCAGACCACGCAGGAGCACGGCAGACCCCACAGUAGCAAGGCAGACCCCAAAGGAGCACGGCAGACCACCGGAGCACGGCAGACCACACAGGAG